UAUAAAAUGGGUAUUAAUAAAAGCAUAAACAUUAAAUUAAUUUUUAGUACAUAGCAAAUGGGAAGGGACCUCGUAUGAUACGCCAUAAAGUUCUCAAUUCAUGUCUGAUCGAUUGCAACUUCAAAAGUUCAUAAUUUACUUAUUUUAAUCAGAUUUGGCUCAAACUUUUACUGAUCUGUUCCUCCAUAGACUAUGGUUCCUCUCAUUGUUAUGGUUUUUUUUUUUAAACCAGCUUGGCGUCAAGGUCAACUUCCCCUUUAAUCAGUAGUUAUAUUAUUUGCUACCAAAUGGGCAAAAUUAUGCGUAUUAUAAACAGAACUUGAUGUUUCAUGCCACAUAUAGCCCCUCUGCUCAAAGUAGGCCUAUGCUGUCUGCUCUAUCAACGCAUGAACCUAUCCAUCUCUCUAUCUAUAUACACUGUAUCUAUCCAGGGAGAUGUCAUCUCCCUGAUAUAUCUGUGUCCCAUAGCUUGGAGGCCGUUGGGGGCUACAAUGAAAUGGACCUUGAGACACAGCUGAACCUUGUACUGUAUGAACAUGCCAAGAGGCCAUUCCGUUAUCUCACGAAGAUAAUUAUGACAAAGCAAAUUAACAUUUCAUAUCGAAGUCAAUAGCCAAUAUUCUGCUGCUUAUUGGAUGUUGAUGACUUGUUCCGGCAAUGUGGAAUACAAUCGCACGUUAAUUUGUCAUCAUUAAUCAUGACGCUAUUACGCUUCAUAUGCUUGGUCGUAUUCCUCCAUGUUUAUACAGAAGGAGCUACUCAUACGGACGAUAAUGUACUGGAUUUCUUUCCUUCAACUGACGGGGAUGGAUUAAACGUGAUUUGGGCCCAUGGAGUCAACAGCAUCGCAGACCUCAACCAGAGUCUCUCGGACGACACCAUGAUGCUCGAAACCGAUAUCAUCCUGCGCGGUAUCGGGACUGAAAAUCAGACCAACAUUCCCGUUCAUGCACACCCUCCCUUGACUGAUAGUGACCUAACUCUUGAACACUUCCUGCAGGUCACAACACAAUACGCUGACAUAGGGAUGAAACUGGACUUUAAGUAUCUGGAAGCUCUAGAACCUUCCAUGCAGCUAAUUGGAGAGUACGAAUCAGAACUCAAGGCGCCACUCUGGAUCAAUGCUGAUAUCGUGAUUGGUCCAAACUCACCACGUGAUCCCGUGGCGCCUCAACUCUUCAUUGACAUCGCAAAUAGGUACUUUGACAAGACGACAUUAUCUCUGGGCUUCACGACUGGUUGGGGUCCGCUGAUGGCCGAUAAACUCUACACAUGGACCAUGAUCUUCGAUAACCUGUACUACUCCUACCCCCUCGACCCGCAACCAGUCACCUUCCCAAUCAGGGCAGUCUGGUGUAAAACAUCCUGGACCAAAUUCGUGUGGCUCCUCGGUCUUCGAGAUUCUUUCUCGAUCACCGUAUGGUCUUCGGUAAGCGACAACGUCGACGUCGGAGGACUCGUGGACUUGCGCACAUAUGGCGACACGAAGAGAAUCUUCUACGACCUGCCAGAUCUCCAGAAGCAGGCGUUUCUAAACGCACUGGAUGAUCCGUCACAGACGCCUUCGCCUCCAUUAGACACGUCCUGGAAUGCAGACCAAUGGGUGGCGUUUGAGAACCAAGAUGGACGAAACUUUGCGUUCUUCAGCACCGAAGGGCUUGGUAUAUCUGGAAACGCCUCUCGAGCAGCGAUUAUUCAUUCUAAAAGACAGCAUAUGCCGGGGAGUCAGGAUGGGAUGUCAGUUAGUGUUCGCGUUCAGUUUGUGGACAGAUACGACUCCACAUCGACUGCAACCGUCGAAAUCUUCAUCCGCAGCGGCAGCCUGCUUGACGACGCAGAAGCGCGGGAAGACAUUUUGGCGGGAAACAGAGACCCGUUGGGAUUUAAAUAUUCCAUCAGCUCAGAUGGCAGAGUCGGAGCUAAUGGAACGCAGUUCGCGAAAUCAUUACCCGCUGCAGAAUGCUACAGUAUUGAGAUUUCGGACCACCUUGACGGGAGUAUGCAUGUGGCUUUCAUCGUGAAGACCUGCACCGAUGCCCUUGAAGAGGAUCCCAACGCAGAGGAGAACAUCCUGUCCUUCCCUGAGAAAGAAAUGGACGAUGAUCAAGAAUAUUACGUCAUUGUGAUGAAAUCUGGAGGUGGCAAAGACGUCAUCCUCGAGGACUUUCAUGUUGAGGGGUCUCGAGAUCCUGAAGGGAACACCACACCAGAACCAAACGAGAGCACGACCGAAUCAAGAGGGAGGUCACUGCUGGUCGUUAAGGGGUUAAGCUCGUGGGUGAUGAUUUUAAUGAUGACUGGGCUUUCGUUGAUCUACAUGCAUGUUUCCCUUUUCUAGGGAAAUACGAAUCAUCGUAUACGCCACAGUGGCGUACAAAAUUAUCGGUAGAAACUAUAUCGUGUUUGGGGAAGUCCAAGCUAUUUUGUCACAUACGUUACCGACCACAUUACAGGUAAAGACCAGUUUUGGAAACGUUCCCCUCUCAAAAAAUGAAAUGGAAG